GCGGCCGCGGAGCCUGAGCGACAGCUGCAGCCCGAGCGACCCGCGGCGACAUGGAAGAUAUACAACCAAAUACGGAGCUGAAAGGCACCGAGGAGCAGCCUCUGCCCACAGAAAGCCCAGAGGCCUUGAGUGACUACAGUUUAAGCAAACCUCAUGAAAUAGAAAAUGUGGACAGUACUGAAGCCCCAACCAAUGAAGAUGAAGAUGCAGGAGAAGACUCCAUGGAAGUGAAAGAUGAGCACAGAGAAAGGGACGAGAACGUUCUGAAGCCGGAGCCCGUGGGAAAUGCGGAAGAGAGUGAUAUUCCGUACAGCUAUGCAAGGGAGUAUAAUGAAUAUGAAAGCAUUAAGCUGGAGAGGCAGGUACCGUACGACAGCGGCAGACCGACCAGUGGGAAGAUGAACUGCGACGUGUGCGGAUUAUCCUGCAUUAGCUUCAAUGUCUUGAUGGUUCACAAGCGAAGCCACACUGGUGAACGCCCGUUCCAGUGUAAUCAGUGUGGGGCAUCUUUUACUCAGAAAGGUAACCUCCUCCGCCACAUUAAGCUGCACACAGGGGAAAAACCUUUUAAGUGUCACCUCUGCAACUACGCAUGCCAAAGGAGAGAUGCGCUCACGGGACACCUUAGGACACAUUCUGUGGAGAAACCCUACAAGUGUGAGUUCUGCGGAAGGAGCUACAAGCAGAGGAGUUCCCUGGAGGAGCACAAAGAACGAUGCCGCACGUUUCUUCAGAAUUCUGACCUGGGGGACGCCGGUGAGAAACGCCACUGCUUUGACGUCAACUACAAUCCCGGCUACACGUAUGAGAAGGAGAGUGAGAUGAUGCAGACCCGAAUGAUGGACCAAGCCAUCAAUAACGCCAUCAGCUACCUUGGGGCUGAAGCCCUUCGCCCCUUAGUCCAGACUCCACCUGCUCCCACCUCGGAGAUGGUCCCAGUUAUCAGCAGCAUGUAUCCUAUAGCACUCACCCGGGCUGAUAUGCCCAACGGGGCCCCACAGGAGCUGGAAAAGAAAAGGAUCCUCCUGCCAGAGAAGAACUUGCCUUCUGAGCGGGGUCUGUCCCCCAACAAUAGUGCCCACGACUCUACAGACACUGACAGCAACCACGAGGAUCGCCAGAAUCAUGUCUAUCAGCAAAGCCACAUGGUCCUUCCCCAGGCCCGCAAUGGGAUGCCGCUUCUGAAGGAGGUCCCUCGCUCCUUUGAACUCCUGAAGCCCCCUCCCAUCUGCCUGAGAGACUCCAUCAAAGUGAUCAGCAAAGAAGGAGAGGUGAUGGAUGUAUUCCGGUGUGACCACUGCCAUGUCCUCUUCCUAGAUUAUGUGAUGUUUACCAUCCACAUGGGGUGCCAUGGUUUCCGUGACCCCUUUGAGUGUAACAUGUGUGGCUAUCGAAGCCACGAUCGUUACGAAUUCUCCUCUCACAUCGCUAGAGGAGAACACAGGGCCAUGCUGAAGUGAGCAUCAGUCUCCGAGCUCACGAUCUAAGGGUCAACAUUGUCUUUUAGAACUGAUGAUAGCCUUACCCAGUAGACUGAACUCACACCCACGGUUCUGCCCAGUUAUGUUAGCACUCAGUCAUAUUCACAGGAACAGUCAGGGAAACACUGUCUUCAUCCAGAAACUGUUUGCAGGGCCAUCAUGUUGCUUUGUGAAACCUUCCUUUCCCAUCAGUUGAAUUUGAUGGGAUUUAAAAGCCAAAGAAGUAUCUGGCUCAUUAUCUUUUGUAGCAAUAGCCAGCCAUCCACUGGAGCUUGUUGCCAACUGGAACAGUCCUCGGUGGGCUGCAGGAGACAUUCGCUGGGAUAUAGCAGCCAUAUGUGGAAAGGUCUUUUGAUCCUAUGCCCAGAUCCACACAGUGGAAGAGCUGACCAGCUGCCCUUGCCCCCGGGCACUAGCACAAGGCAGAAGGGUUAGAACCCAGUCUCCUCUCCCUUCACAGUCCAACAGUAAGAAAGAGGCAGACUACAGGAAGUACCUGCUGCCAGUAAGGGAGGAGCCUUUCUUCCGAACUUCAGUUCACUUCCUAUAGCACAAGCAAAACCAAACAGAAGCCAUCUGAGGACCCUUCUGCUUCACCUGCCUGCCACCAGGGAAAACCUGAGGUCAUCUGGCCUAAACCAGCUGUCUGGAAGAGAAUUUUACUCCAGAGGAACCAAUGCUUUUAAAUACAGAGUAUCACCGACACCCAGGAGUCAUCCACUGAGGGGUGUUGAUGUCUGUGUCUUUGAUUGAGAUUGGCAGAGCAGGCUAGGGACAUAGCCGAGUGGUAGUGUUUGCCAAGUUCAAUCCCCAGCACCAGGGGACAGAAAGGAAAGAAAGAAAGAGGGGAGGGGAGAUUGGCAGAGCGGAGUGUGUAGGACACAUGGGUUGGCAGUUCUUGUCACCUUCGUGGAGUACUGGUUGGAAACCCAAAGAACAUUUGAAAGUGAUUUUACACCAGCACAUACACAGAGGACCCGGAAUGUGCCGAUUAGCCUCCCCCGCCACAGGAGUGAGAUCCAGGGACGGGAACCACAGAUGUUCUGAUCAGGAUGCUCCAAAGUCAGGUUAGACACGUGUGGCUUUUAUUUCAUUUUUAAAACGGUCCUCCUGCUGCCUAGAUGGGCCUGGAGCUGAGGGUGACCAGAACUCCAAUCCUCCUGCCUCAACCUACUGAGUGCUGAGAUGUUCACCAUCAGGGUUCUGGGGUUUUGCUCUCUAAAACUGGAGCUGCCACAGUCCACUAAGGGUCUUGAAAGUCUGUCUCAUUCUGUAGAUGGACCAAUCAGCUUUGUCACUACACACACAAGCACCAAGACAUCAAGAAGACCUGGAAUAGAAGUAAAAAAAAAAAAAAAUGCAUGUGCCAAGCUCCUAUCUAUCUGCCACUAAUUAGUGUGUGCUUUUGUACAAAUCAUUUAGUUCUAAAAGCUAAAUUUCCUCAACCAUAAAAUAAGAGCUGGGUUGAGACCUUCUUGAUGGUCCCUCCCGACUCUGAUACACGAUUAUUCAGUAACCACAGGUUAUUUUUAAACCUCCUGAUGUGUGGGCAUUAGGAAGAAGGUCCAUACAUGAAAACGUGUUUCAUAUCUCUUUGGUGUGAAAAUGUAAGUGCAUUAAGUUUUUCCUUCAGCCACUGAGUCAUGAACCUGAGGAGACCCUGAGGAGGAACAAGGAACAGGAAGGUGAUUUGGUCUUGCCAAAGUGUGCACACGAAUUGGCAUCCACAGCUGCUUGCCAGGCCCCUUUCUUUCUUUCCUUUUUAAGAACUGCGUGAGGGAAAGUAAGUUCUGCUUACAGGGACAGCUCCAUGGCGCCUAUUUACAAAUUAAGAGCUAGCUUUAUGAACAUUUCUGCAGGAGCCAAGAAUCCCAAGUUCCUGGUUGAUUAGCAUUUUCCUUCUAAAGGGCUUAUGGAGUCGGCUCUCACUCAGCUCAUUUAUGCCAUGCCAGUAAUUAAAACGUUCCACCUCAGACACACAAAUGGCUUGGCCUGCUUUGUAGCAUGGUGUCUGUCUCAGGGAAAGCGGGUGGGACGGGGCAUGAAAUUCCAUGGCAACAGUUCCGUGUGUCUGAGGCUUCAGCUACAGGACUGGGCGUCUUUAGCACACCACCGUUUAUCAGCAGAGUUGAAUCUGAGCUGUGCCACAUUAUUUAUGACCAUUGUGAAAGAGGACCUGCCUAGUCUAUGCUUGAGAUAGUUCACAUCCUGUGGACUUGGGGAGUGGAGACACCAUGGCGGGGAGAGAGUGAGUUGGAAGGCAGGGACUAGAAGGAAAAGAUGCAGAGAUGGGCACUUGGUCAUUUCCUCCAGAGUGCUGUUGAAGUCUGCUGUGCGUGCUUGCACGCAUGCACGCGCGCGCACGCUUUGUCAUCUCAAGGUGGUGAACUACCAUUCUUCUAGCCCAGAAACCUCCACAGACAGGACUCUAUCCUGUGACCGUGGACUUGCUGAGUGACUUCCAUCCCCUAAGGCUAUUUUCUGAAUGAUGUGCACACCCCCAGAGCCUUGACCUUCAAAGAAUCAUUCUGAGCCCCAGCAGAGGCUCACAGCUCCAGGGUCCUGCCUAAGCUUGAAGCUCUUGAGUGUAGCAGUUGAGCCUGGUGAGGUGCGGUGGUUAGCACGGACAGUGAAUGUGUUCCUUGUGCUACCUGUGGGCCCCCCUUGAUGGAGAUGGGGGCUGAAGUGAGAAGGGGUAGGGAUUUGCAUCCUCCAUGGGGCUGUGAAGUCCUGAGGAGGCUUCAGCUUUCUCACACAGGGGCCCCCACCAUAAGCCCUGUGGGCCUUUCCUUCCUUUCCCACCAGCCCUCUCAGAAGCAAGCUCCAACCACACACCCAAGGGGGCUGCAAACUGGGGGCCAACCAAACCCACAAGAAGUUCCAUUGCAGCCGAGGUGACAGAGUUGGGGUGAGGGUGGAAAGAAGAGCAGAACUAGCUCUCCAGAUGCUCCUCCUCGCCUUGAUCUGAAGUACUGCACAGAACUCAACAGGAGACUCCUUCCCCUCACCUCUCAGCAUUACCACCAGGAAAGGGAAAACACACCCAUCUUUGUAUGCCUUAAAUCAUUCCCCGCAAAGAAACAGUGCCGGGCGCUGACCAGCCGGCUAGCCUUAUCUCUCCCACUCAUUCUCAGCCCUUCCUGACUUUGCUUCUGGAAUCAUCCACGACAAAAUUUCUCCCUUUUCUGUGCUUACCACUUUGGGUGGACCAUCCAUAUCCUCAGCAACCCCUGAAGAAAAUGGCCCCAGGUGUCUUUUGCAAAGAGGAACAUUUUAAAGCACAAAAAUCUUACUUAACUGAAGUAUUCUGUAACCAACAGAUGUCACAUUGGCAUAGAAGGUUUCUAAGUAGAUAUGCAUCUUUGUUCUCCUCAACUUCCUUGUCCCCUUACUAAGUGUGAAGGUUAGUGUGCUGUAAGGGGACAAACCUUACUCCCAGGCUAAGGUGUAGCUCAGUGCAGGAAUGCUUCUUUGCCUCGUGCUAGCAUGGCAGAGGCCCUGGCUUCCAAGCCCUGCUCAAAGAGAGACAGAGAGAUAGAGAGGUAGGAAGGUAGAAACAAACAGAGAAAGCAAACUUUUGAAACAUACUCCAGGGCAGGCAAGAAGACAAUAAGGAUAAAGUUGGUCCAUGGUUCUCACUGUCAGGUGCAUCCCACUGGACUCUAGUAAGGCUUGGCAACUGAGACAGUUCAGAUUUGUAAAAGUGCUUGGGCAUCUUUGAGGAUGCAGGAACCUUGAAUUAAGACUUCUCUACUCAGGAAGGAAAAAGAAAGAGGGGGUGAAAAUCAGCAACAAGAGCCUCAACAGAAGAUGGACAAUAUAUACUGUCACGUCUCAAAGGAUAAAGAUGCUGUUUUAUACAGAGGGCUGUCCAGGAAGCCUCAACAGACAGCGGUCUGGGCAACAUGAUUGGGGAACCUACAUUCUUCUCUGCAACCAAAGGCUAAAUCCAGGCUACCCUAGGACUGUUUCCUAAGAAGGCAGGACUGGCCAGCCAUGGGAAUGAUCAGUGAACCACUGGUUCUCAAGACAAUGGACUUGGAAGGGCCUAGAAGACACAUGUGGGCUUUGACCUAGGGUGGGCUCAGAAUGUAAGGCUGCAUCUGUCUUGCCCCAGCUGUAACCACCAAGCCAUCAAUAGGCUAAAUAGGCUUUUGCACUUUGAAGAAGUUGGAUGUGCUGUUCCCUGUAAACAUUCCAACUGUGGACUGUCUUAUCCAUUGCUAUCAUAUGAGCUAUUAUCUGAAAUUGGAACAUUACUGUUUUGAUUAAAGAUGUAAAGUCAUAGUGAUAUCUACCUUCCAGGGUGAUGUGAGGUUUGCUGUGAUCUUGUCUAUAGAGUAAAGUUGCUUUGGGGGAAGGGUAUUAUGCUGUCUAGUUAUAAAUUUCUGCUGUAAAUCCUGUGUCUGGUUAGAAGGGCAUGAAAAAAAAAAAAAGAGUACAAGCUCACAGUGAGGCCAGUGCCACUGUGGAGGGAGGCUACUAACGUCUAAAAGUCUCUUUAUCUUUUGUUGCAUAAAGCUAGCGAAUAGGCUGGAUCUUGGAGCCAAUGUGAGUGAGCCACAGAGAACCAGAACAGUUGCUUAGCUUUGUCCCCUCCCUGUCUGUGAGACCACAGCCAUUAGCCCUCAUAGUCUUAAGAGUUUCCCCACAUGGUCCUCACCUCCAUCCUUCCAGUGAGCCCACAGAGCAGCCCCACUGGACUUGCCACUUUGUCUCAAACACAGCUUUGUUUCUUUACCUCCCCGCAAAGACACACACAUUUUAACACGCUAGGGAAAUGGAGCAGCCUUUUAAAAUGUCUGGUGUGGCUGCCCGCCACUCAUCAAUAUGAGGACCUUUUCCCAGCUGGCACAAGGCUCUUCCUGGUGGGCCUGCCUCUGUGGAGUCAUGGAAACCAAAUUACUGCGGGUUGCAAAGAAUUAGCAGGUCAUGUAAAAGCAGACAUGCCUUCACCCAGACUGUGGUUUUGUAUGCUCAGGUUCUCAGUCUGUGAGCACAGGGGAAGGAUCAUUUUGGCUACUGGAAAAAACCAUAGCUUAUUUUUAAUUUCUGGUUGUCAAAGCCACCACACGUGUGGUCUGUGGAUGACCCUUGUCUGCAGCGUGAUGAGAGAGGAACAAAGCGUGGUUUGGGGUUCAGGGAACCCUCACCUAGAAGUUACCACAUGGCCUGUGCCAUUGGCCUUUCCCCUUGCCUGUGUUUCUUGGCGGCAGCUCUUUCCUCCUCUGGAGUUUUCCCCGAAUCCCACCACUGGGAGGCUGUACCACCCCAUAAAGUUUGUCCAGAGUUCACUUUCAGGGAAGCCGUGCAAACCUCGCUGGAACACAAGGAGUGCAGCUCCUGUACAAGCAGCUUGCUGAU